AUGAAUGUUUAUGAAGAAAUGGAAGAAGCUAAAGCUGAAAUUGAGAAACUUACGGUAAAACUAAGAGACAAGACAAAUUCACUUCAGAACUUAAAGAAAUACUAUGAUGCACAGGCCAAUAAGAUACAGGAAUCUAUUUUCAAAGUUGAGAAGCUGAAUCAAGAAAUGCUUCAAAAGGCAGAUGAUAUCAACGAUUAUGUCAGCGAGAGUUUAAAUAAUAAAGAGUCCAUCACCAAACAUCUCAGUGCUGCAGAUGAUGAACUUGGAGCAAUUUGUGAUGAUAAAUUUAGAAAGUGGAAAGAUGAAAAAAGAGGGUAUGUAUUGGCGUUAGAGGAGGAAGAACAAAUAAAAUGGAAGGAGGAACAUUUUAAACAUCUAGAAGACGUGCAUGAAAAACUUAUAGAUCAGUUUAAGUUACAGAUGUGCAACCAAGCCCUUGCUCAUGAAGAAAGCCUGAGAAAGCGUCUGGAAGAUGAAGUCUCCAAUUUGAACAAGAAGUGUUUUCAAUUGAUGAAGCAGUUGGAGUUGAAAGAUGCUGUUUUGAUCAGUUCCAAGAAAUAUAUCAAUGAAGAGCGAGAGAAAGCAGCAUGUUUGAUGAGGCAGGUUGAGUCCUAUGGAUUUGCCAAUGAACUGCUGCAUUUGCCACACAACGAACUUGAUAGGCACAAGGAUUUGCAUAUGGAAGAUGGUUUCAAAGAACAACUUAAGGAAGUUUAUGAUGCUUUAGACAGGGCAAACAUUGAAUUGGAUGAGAGAAUAUGUGAAAAAAGUGAAAUGGAGUUUGAAUUGAGAAUAUGGAAGUCAUUUGUUGAACGUUUGAGGAACGGUCUUGAAGAAAAUCUUGUCAUGUGCAAAGAACUGGAAAAUUCACUCCUUGCACAAGUAGAUUUUACUGAAAGCCUCAAGCAAGAGAAAGAUAGCUUGGAAACAGAAGCUUCUGUUCCAGCAAAUUGGGAAACAUCUGAGUCUUCUGAAACUGUUGAAGGGACAUAUCUCCAGAUCAUAGAGGAGAAGGACAAUAUUUUAGAGGAGCUCCAGAAAGGGGUUAUAAGGCUUGAACAAGAGUCACAUAGAAGAGAAUUUGAAAGUAGUAUGAUUGCAAAAGGCAACAUGGUGAGAACCAAUGAGCUUGAGAGAGAAUCCUAUCCAAAUUAUAAAGGGAAGGAAUAUGAGAACAGAUGA